UAAGCGUGACCUGUUCGCCUAGCCACUUAACAGCCAGGAAUGGAAGCUGCAGCCAGUCGCUUGAGACGCCCCUGGCUUGGGGGUGGAGUUUGUGCCCGGUUUGCCAAUCGGUCACAGGAGGAGGAGAAAAAGGGGCGGGCGCUGCACGCCAAGCUCCUGACUACAGACCUCAGAGACAGCGCGCGGUCAGGACGAUGGCGACCGCGAUGGCUGCGAGCGCCGCGGAGCGGGCAGUACUGGAGGAGGAGUUUCGCUGGUUGCUGCACGCUGAGGUGCACGCCGUGCUGAGGCAGCUGCAGGACAUCCUCAAGGAGGCCUCUCUCCGCUUCACUCUCCCAGGCCCCAGCACCGAGGGUCCUGCCAAGCAGGAGAACUUCAUCCUGGGCAGCUGUGGCACUGACCAGGUGAAAGGGGUGCUGACUCUGCAAGGGGAUGCCCUCAGCCAGGCGGAUGUGAACUUGAAGAUGCCUCGGAACAACCAGUUGUUGCACUUCGCUUUCCGGGAGGACAAGCAGUGGAAGCUACAGCAGAUCCAGGAUGCCAGGAACCACGUGAGCCAAGCUAUUUACCUCCUAGCAAACCGGGACGAGAGCUACCAGUUCAAGACAGGAGCGGAGGUCCUCAAGCUCAUGGAUGCUGUUAUGCUGCAACUGACAAGAGCCAGAAACCGGCUCACUACCCCAGCCACCCUCACCCUGCCGGAGAUUGCUGCCAGUGGCCUCACGCGGAUGUUUGCACCUACCCUACCCUCUGACCUGCUGGUCAAUGUCUACAUCAAUCUCAACAAGCUGUGCCUCACGGUGUACCAGCUGCACACUCUGCAGCCCACCUCCACCAAGAACUUCCGCCCCUCCGGAGGUGCGGUACUCCACAGCCCUGGGGCCAUGUUUGAGUGGGGCUCACAGCGCCUCGAGGUGAGCCACGUCCACAAGGUAGAGUGUGUGAUCCCCUGGCUCAACGACGCCCUGGUGUACUUCACUGUCUCUCUGCAGCUCUGCCAGCAGCUCAAGGAUAAGAUUUCUGUGUUUUCCAGCUACUGGAGCUCCCGGCCCUUCUGAGCAAGCACCCGCCUGAAUCCUCCUCCCAGGGGGGGUAGCCCUGACUUGUGGUCCCUCUUCCCAACACAUACCACAUACCCCUGCGGUGCCUAUCACUGUCAGGCACCCCCCCCCGAGUUAUUUUUCUCCUUCCUCACUACUCUGUGGUACUGAUGGAAGUAAAUAUGAGAGGCACCUGGGGAAAGGGGUUUUUUUGAUUGGGGGGGACAAUCAAGGAGAUGGGCAGAGGUGUGGCCAUGCUCCUAACCCUGCCUUCCUGGACACUCCAGGAACCUUUGGACUAAGGGUGGGACCAAGCCCAGGCCCCUCCCCUCUCCCACCCUCAGCUCCCAUUAGAGAGUGAGGGAUGGGGUUACAACUAAGCUGUGAAGUGGAGGAGGAAAGAGGGACCUGGGCCGGGGGAGAAGCCUCACUGUAAAUAAGGUGCAGUACUGGGACCAUUGGUUCUGUGACCUCAACCCACCUCUAAGAAAUAAAAAUCAGAUGUUAACUGGA